CAACAGCAAUUCUCCCUUUACUCCUGGCAGUACCUUCUAAUGUUCUCUCGCAUCAAUCAACUCACUCGUCACCUCUCACGCCCAUUGCCCAAUUACCUCCACAACAGCGCAGCACGACGCUCAGCGAUGACGUCAAUAUCCAGCAUGGCAGCAGAACGCAGCAAGAGACAAAUACACACGGCGGGAUGUAUAAUUAUCGGUGACGAAGUGCUCGGUGGAAAGACCGUAGACACCAACUCCGCCUGGUUCGCCAAAUACUGUUUCUCUCUCGGCAUCGCCCUCAAACGCGUCGAAGUCAUCGCCGACGACGAAUCCGAAAUCAUCGAAGCCACUCGUCGAAUGUCAUCAGAAUACGAUCUCGUCGUAACAUCCGGUGGGAUCGGGCCUACCCACGAUGACAUAACCUACCAAUCCAUCGCCAAAGCCUUCGACCUCCCUCUCACCCUCCACGACGCCGCGUACGAACGCAUGAAAAGACUAAGCAAACCCCACGCCUCGCAGAAAGAUUUCAGCUGGGACGUAGAUUCCCCCGCGCGAAGGGCGAAAUUGAGAAUGAUCCAAUUACCCUACGACAAGAAUCUGGCCGACGAAGACCAGGUGAUUUUCGUGGCGGAAGACCUUUGGGUCCCGAUCAGUGUGGUGAAUGGGAAUAUACACAUUUUGCCAGGGAUUCCGAAAUUGUUUGAGAAGAUGUUGACGGGGUUGAAAGCGAGGAUAUUACCGAGAUUGGUGGAUCCUGAGGGGAAGGGGGUUUAUAGGAUUUUGUUUUCGACUCCGUUGGCGGAGAGUGAGGUGGCGGAGUUUUUGACGGAGUUGCAGAGGAAGGUUGAUGAGAAGGGAGUGAAGGUGGGGAGUUAUCCGAGAUGGGGGAAGCCGAGGAAUACUGUGACGCUGGUGGGUAAGGAUAAGGUGUAUAUGGAUUCGCUUGUGCCUGAGGUGGAGAAGGGUGUGAAGGGGAGACGGGUUGAGAAUGAGGAGGAUGAUGAUGAUGAUGAUGAUGGUGGAAGUGAUAAGGAUACAUGAGCUGCAUAGUGUGUCUCUGUCGAUACCAGCAAUACAGCCUUUGGCUUGGUUCUGGAG